CAACAGAAUAAAAGGAGGUUGUCUGCUAGCACAGGUGUGUAUUGGCAUAUGCAGCGAAGUGUGAUGUUAUAUCUAAAGCAACAGGACACCUACGAAUCCUGGAUGAAAGACUGCGGCAGAUCUCUACAAAGAGAGAAGCAGAUUUAAUAAUCAAGUGAGACACGACUGACACUGGACCCAGAAUGGAUAACUCAGAGGAGGAAGAGGAACUCUUUGACACCAACGAUACGUUCCCUGAAUGUGACAGUCAGGAGAAGGAUCCCUCAACAACACAGUCGAACUAUGUUUCUCCACCAGAAGAAGAAUCACCUCUCAGUUCAGGCACGAGGACUGUUUCAGAUCCCUGCAGUGACCCACUCAGAGGCAGUGGGACCAUGGAGGACUCCAGCACUGUAGAUGUUCAGGGCAGGAGUGGAACAAGAAGCCCGCCAAUUGGAAAAUCUGCCAAUACACAAGUUUCUCCACCAGAAGAAGAAACACCUCUCAGUUCAGGCACGAGGACUGUUUCAGAUCCCUGCAGUGACCCACUCAGAGGCAGUGGGACCAUGGAGGACUCCAGCACUGUAGAUGUUCAGGGCAGGAGUGGAACAAGAAGCCCUUCAAUUGGAACAUCUGCCAAUACACAAACACAACUGCAGACCUUGUUGGAGGAUCUGGGCUUGAAGCAGCACUACACAAAGAAGCUCACACUGAGCGAAAUACUCCAGAUUGACCUGAAGGCCAUCACUGAUGAACCUGUCAAGUCCCACUCAGAUCUUCCAUGGUAUUUCUUAAAGAAACUGAUGAUGAUAAAUGUGACAGCGAGAAAUUUACAAUCAGAAUGUGAAUCAUCCAAAGACGGCGCAACAGAAACCACUGAAUCUGACUCUGAUGAUCAGAGCGACAUUUCAGACUCAGGUGACAUGGUAAACACCCUUGACGUAAUCACUGCUCUCUUCUUGUGUUCUGAUAGUUUUGUGCAACAGGAAAUGGCCCUCAAAAUGUCCAUGUGUCAGUUUUCUGUGCCUCUCCUGCUUCCAGGUUGUGACACAGAUCAGUGCAAACUCAUGCUUUGGGCCAUGAGAGACAUUGUUAAACUGUACAGACCUCAGUCACUUUUACAAUCCAAGGGUUUUACUGAAGAAAGAAUUGUUCUCUCUGAAAUUCCAAUGAUAUCUUUUGUGAGACUGGGGGAAUGUUCCAUGUCCAAGUCAGAGAUUCUCAAUAAGCUUUUGAGCAAUUCUGAAGAGUACCAUGACUAUUUUGUGCACCAUGAUAUGGAGUGUGGUGACUCCCCAAGAAGAAUAUCCAAUGGACUGACUGAAAUAACUUGGUACCUUCCUUGUGGCAAAAAAAACAUUGAUAUUUUCAGUGAGCCAGUAGCUGUAGCUAACCUUCGUGGGGACAUUGCCUCAUUUGAAACUCAGUUUUCUUUCUUGUGUCAGACAUCUGCAGCAGUGUUUGUGUUCUUUGACAAUUUGGACCCUGAGUGCAAGCUGCUAACCAACCUCCACCACAAGGCACAGAUGUUUUUGGUCAGUAACCAACAAAGCAAAUGCUUUAGUAAGGAUGCUCUAAAAACUGUAGCAACAAAGCUGGGCUUGAGUAAAGACAACAUCAUUACAAAGAACAAGAAGAAAAAUAAUGCAGACUUUGUCAAAGGUUUGCGGAAAAAAGUCAACGAUGUUAUUGAGAACACAAAGGAGAAGAUGUGCAUUGAGAAGAUGGCUGACAUUGCCCGUAAUUUGGGAAUCUUGGUUGAUGAAGACUGUCCAGAGUGUCAGACUGCCAAACGAAAUGCAGAUGCCAUCACAUCAAAAAUUAAAAACAUCCCUGACUACAAAGCCACUCAGCUUCCCUUGCAUGGAGAAAUAUGGAAGAAAUUGGCAGAUGUAGAGAAGGAAGAAUUUCGACUGAAAGAUCGUGGAUCUGAAGACUUAGAAAUAUACAUAUCAGGUCUUCAGGAAAAGAAAAUAAACCUUCGGAAGAAACAGAGCUCUAAAGACAUGUCAGAUGCCAUGACGUGCUUCAUCAGUGCAAUAUCAAGCCCAGGCAUAGAGAGACGUUAUUUCCUGAAAUGGAUGCGAAUGAACCUUGAUAACCUGUCUCGAGAAAAACUGUCUGGCCUCAGGAAGCAGUACAAAGAAAAAUGCACAGAUGCUGAGAACAAAGAGGCCAUCAAAGUCAUUGAUAAAGAGCUUUCCAACAGCUCACUGGGAAUUGAACACUUCUUCCGUGAAAUGGGUCAGAUUUAUGAAGCUUCAGUUUCCCUUCCGGAACAGCAUCCAUCACGUGAACAACUACAGGAUCUGCCCCAAAUCUGUGCAGGAUUGUUGCUUGAUGGAUUUCCCCUGGAGCUUGUAGAUGGAGAUGCAUCCAACAUACCUCUCACAUGGGUGAGUGAUGUUCUCUCCCAGCUCAAUGAACUGGUGUCUACAAACAACAAGAUACUGGUCGUCACAGUUCUUGGAGUUCAGAGCACAGGAAAGUCCACUCUUCUUAACACCAUGUUUGGAGUGCAGUUUGCAGUCAGCAGUGGCCGAUGCACUCGAGGUGCUUUUAUGUUGCUCAUCAGAAUCAAUGAAGAUGUCAAAAAAGUCCUCAACUGUGACUUCAUGGUCAUCAUUGACACUGAGGGCUUAAGGUCAGCAGAGCUUGCACAACUGGAUGAUAGCUAUGAGCACGACAAUGAGCUUGCAACACUUGUUGUGGGGCUGAGUGACAUCACCAUUAUCAAUAUUGCAAUGGAAAAUUCCACACAAAUGAAGGACAUCCUACAAAUAGUUGUGCAUGCGUUUCUCAGGAUGAAAGAGGUGGGCAAAAAGCCUAAAUGUCAGUUUGUUCACCAGAAUGUGUCAGAUGUUUCAGCCAAUGAGAACACCCAAAGAGAGAGGAAACUGCUCUUGGAUCAGUUAAACGAGAUGACUGAGGCAGCAGCCAAAAUGGAGAAGAAAGAAAAGAACAAGUUCUUCACUGAUGUCAUGGAGUACAAUCCAGAAACUGGGAGCUGGUACAUCCCUGGACUCUGGAAUGGAAACCCACCAAUGGCACCAGUCAAUGCAGGGUACAGCGAAGCUGUAUAUCAGUUCAAGAAAAACAUCACACAGAUACUAGGAAACUGUGAGUCCUCUGCUAAUGACAUCUUGGACUUUAAAGAGUGGAUCUCAAGCCUGUGGAAGGCAGUGAAGCAUGAAAACUUCAUCUUCAGCUUCAGAAACAGUCUAGUGGCUGAUGCAUACAUGAGGCUAUGCACAGAAUUCAACAACUGGGAAUGGGACUUCAAAGAAUCCAUAUACAAGUGGAUAACAAAUGCCGAAACAACCAUCUCAAAUUUAGGAACACCUGCUUCCAAAUCUGAAAUAGUUGACCUGAAAGAACUCAUCUUGAGUUUGAAAAGUGAGGUCUCCACAAAGCUGACGAAAUUGGAGGAAGAGCUUCAUGAAAAACUGAAAAACUAUUUCGAGCAAAAAGACGGCCAUGUCCAUCUCGUAGAAAGAUACAAAGAGGAAUUUGCAAACAGUGCAAAGAGUCUUCGACGAGACAUGAAGAAGUCUGUGGAUAGUCAAUUAACAGCAGCAGAGGCAAUCAAACAGGGACAGACAGAAGUUCAAAACAUCAAAGAAAAUCACACAAAAGAAAUUGAAAAAGCAGUGUGUGCACUGAUCGAUGAAUGUCGAAAGAAAAACAUCCAGAUGGGAGAUAAAGAACUGAACCAAGAAUUUGAUAAGAUGUGGAAAGAAACAGUACAGAAUAUGAAGUUUUCCAAACCAGUGCCAACAAAUAUCUUCACCAGUGUCUCCCACUUCUUAAGACAAAAUCUCGAAGACAAAGGGAGUCAUGCAUGUGAAAUGCUGAGUCAAAGACACCUGCAAGAUUGUGGCAAAACACCUUUCAAAUAUAAAGCCAAAGGCUUUUCUGAAAAAUUUAAAAAGGAGGCGAGCAAUUGGCUACCCAUUCAAGAUCCCACAAUCAGGUUACAGAAGAUAGCUGACGACGUCAUAGAUGAAUGCACUCACUAUCUGAAGGAAAAAGGGAAAACAGAAGAACCUGAAGCAGAUGCAAAAAAAACAAAAAACUACUCUGAUGCUUACAUCCAGGAGAUCCUUCGCAUUAUUGAUGAGAUUCUGCAAAAGCAUGAGGAUGGAACCGUAGACAUUGAGUUUGAAGUUUCUCUAAAACAGCACAUCUGUGGUAUUGCAGCCAGACAGUUUCAGAAAAUGCACGAUGAUUUCCUAGAGGAGAAUGACCCUCACUUAUGUCUGAACAAAAACAAAGGAAUGUUUUGUGAUCGUUUCAAAGAUGUGUUCAAUGAACGAGACCAGAGCCAGAAGAAGGCAGAAGAAUUCACCAAACAAUGUUUGAAGCCUGCAGUUGAAAAGUUUGUCUACAGUAAACUGGGUCCUGCUAUCAAUCAUGAAAUGAGGAAACAACCACAGUUCAAUGCAAGAGUCUUCUCCCAGUAUAAAAUUUUACUGGAUUUGCUCUCAAAGCACAGCGUUAGUGAGUACGUAAGGUACAUUGGCUCAUAUGAGGGAUUUGCAAAGGAGUGGAUACUCGACCAAACAGUGAAACACUUAUCCAAAGAUUCUAAGAUGUUAGAGCUAGUGGAUCAGCAUCUUGACUCAAGUAUCAGAAGCAUAAAGGAUGCAAUCCAGAAGGCCACAAAGAAAACAAGUGCUGACUUGGAAACAUUCAUUAACAACUUCUGUCAGGAACUUGGUGAUACACUGGUCAUUUCCCAGGAUAAACUUGGUGAUUUCAUGAUGCUGAACAAAGCAAACCAGGAACAGUUUGCUAAGUGGUUCACACAGUUUGUGGAUAAAAUGGAAGAAGCUCUGAAGCAAGAGUUUAAAAAAAGAGAGAUCAAGAUGAUACUAAAACGUGAUGAUGUCAAGUCCCAGAAUGAGCUUUUCACACAAGUGAUUGGAUGUGGUAAACAGUGUCCCUUCUGUGGAAUGGCCUGUGUGCGUGGAGGUGGUGACCAUGCUGAGCAUACGGCUCCACUGCAUCGGCCAACCGGUCUGAAAAGAUACAGGUGGGACCAAACAAAAAAACUAGUCACUGACAUAUGCUCGUCAUUAGUGGUGAGUGACAACCGAUUUUGCUGUGGUGCUACUGAAGGUGAAUGGGUCCCUUACAAAGAAUACAGAGAUACCUACAAGGAUUGGAUUAUUCCUCCAGAUGGAAGCUAUGAGGCAUCAAACUACUGGAAAUAUGUAAUGACAAAGUUCAAUAAGGAGUUUGCAAAAGAAUAUGGUGCCGAGACUGCUGAUAUUCCUACAGGUUGGGAAAAGAUCACACGUCUGCAGGCAGAACAGAGUCUCAAAAAGUCAUUUAACAUCAACUGAGAGACAACAAGCUGUCUGAUUAGAGAAGUGCACAUCCUCCUCAUUACACUGAUUCAUUAUCCUCUCAUGGAUAAUUUGAUCCAUUUGUGUUCACCUUUAUCUGAGAAUGUUUUUAUGUUUUUAAAAAGUAAUCUGCUUUAACUCUGUGUUGAUGAUCUCACUGAAAUACAGUCUGAUAGUCUGUGUACAUUCUAGGAGCACAUGUUAAUUAACAUAUCAAAUAGAUUUUAGGACUUUGUUUGACAUUACAUCAUUAUCUUGCCUCUAAAAACAAUCAUGCAAAUAAUCAAGACAGAAAUUGUUGGUUUUUCUUUUAUCAAAUUUAAUGUGAUAUGCUACUUUUCUGUUUCUAUGACAAUCCGGAUGUCAAGUAUUUACAUAUAUUGCCUCUUAUAAAAACAUGACAAUGUCUGUAUGUGGUAUCAUCCUUAUCAAACAGAAUUUAAAAAAUCUGAAUUUAAAAUUCUGUUCCUGUUCCUGUGAUGUAUCUUGUGAAAUAUUUACAUUUCCAAUGUUGGAAAAUAUUAAGUGUAUAUGUCAAUAUGUUGUAUGUCAAUACCUUUUUAUUUUCUCCCUCAGAAUGAAGGGUUUCUUUGUUUUGAGUUUUAUCUUGUGGUGACUAUUUACACUUUGAAAGGAAUUAAAACAUGUUCGGAUGAAUUACUCAAUUAAACAGAUUCCAUAAAGAAACAA